GACACCCACAGGGACCAUUACAAUUCCCAUUAUAACCACUACAAAUUUUAUGAAGGUAUUUUUUUUUUUCUCAGCAGGGAAGUACGCCUAAUAUGUCGUAUGAGCUUUAUAAAUGUGUUGUAAUAGCUUAUAACGUAUUUUAAGACGCAAAUGAACCGAAUAAACGCACAGUUUAUUACAAAACAAACAAACAAACAAACAUUCAAAUGUGUUGCAGGAAGUGAGACAGCACUGUCCCGCACUGGGACUUGUCUGUCUCCUCUCCCGACCCGUCCGCUUUACCCAGAAUCCCCCGCGCCGACACAAGAUGGAAGAGGGCAACAGCUGCAGGAGAACAAUGUUUUGGCAGUAAACGCUAAAAGAACUGCGUGUUUGGGGUUCAUUCAAACGUUAAAAGUCGGACGUGGACAUGCCCGGUGUAUCUCAUCUUUUGAGCUGAAUGACCGUUGCCCUCUCGAGGAUCCAGCCAUGAGUAUUAUCCAGGACAAGCUAGGCAACGAGUUUCUGCGCAACGGCAACAUGGACCCCAACUUUGCCCCCAGCAUGCUCAUGUUCAGCCAUUUACCUCCAGUCACCAGCUUUACGCGGCUCGCCUCGCAGCCGGUCGUGACCGAUUUGCCUCAGGAGAUGGUCCUGAAGAAGGAGAGGGAUUCUCCGGAGCAUGGCGGCGGUUUUCUGCACAGCAUGGGCAUAAAGCAGGAGAAGUUCAAUGAGCUUGACUACCGCAUCCCGCUGUAUGGAACAGGCCCGGGAACAGGUGGAGGAAAGAGUUCAGACAUGCUGGACAUUUCACUUGGAAGCCACCAGAACAUGCUUCUGCAUGAUGUCAACAUUAGCAGUCAGCUUCCUGCAAGAUUAGGGAAAGACCCAAAAGAUUCCACACACAGAAAAGGACGGCGGGCAAAUGGGGAGGGAACAGAGGGCAGGGGCAGAAGGAAGCGAGGGGAUUCCACAAAGUCACUGAUGCUGGAUGGGGAGGGAGGACCCCUUUCUCCCAGCUCCAAACCACAUAUAUGUGAACACUGCAACGCCGCCUUCCGCAGCUCCUACCACCUGCGCAGACAUGUGCUCAUCCACACAGGUGAGAGGCCUUUUAGGUGCAGUCAGUGUAACAUGAGCUUCAUCCAGAAGUACCUGCUGCAGCGGCACGAAAAGAUCCAUAGUGGGGAAAAGCCAUUCAGCUGUGACCAGUGUAACAUGCGCUUCAUUCAGAAAUACCAUAUGGAGCGACACAAGAGGACACACAGUGGAGAAAAGCCAUAUAAAUGUGAUACUUGCCAACAGUAUUUCUCUCGUACUGAUCGUUUACUGAAGCACAAGAGAACCUGUGGAGAAGCCAUAAAGAAGGGUCUGGACCCAGGGAUGCUAGACCUUGGAGAUGAAGACCUGGGACAAGGCAGCUACCUACACACUCAGGGAAAUGCCAGUGCGCCACCACGCAAGAGAGGCAAGUCAAAGAACAGUGGGGAGGGUGGAGAGCGGCGGAGGAAAAAGACUGUAGGUUCAGGGGCAGGCCAUAUGGUCGGCAUGCAAGACUACGCCAUAGACAUGGCCGCUGGCUCUGGGGCAUCCUCUUCAGGGGUGGGGAACAUGGCAGACACCAGCAUGGCAAACCAGCACGUUCGCAAUCCCAAGCUUGCCUUUAAGAAAGGAGGACGCAAGGGUGGGGACAAGAGCCUGCUCUCAAUGGGCGAGGCCGGCUCAAGCUCAGCUCUCCACGAACAGAAAUUGUUAGCUCCUAAAUCCAGUCCAAUGGAUCUGCCUGGACCUGGAGGUAUGGACGGUCUAGGUCUCCUGCAGAGUUCCUCAGAGUCAAAGCAAGGUGGCACAAGCAGCAACUACGACGAUGCCAUGCAGUUUCUGAAGAAAAGGAGAUACUUGCAUGCGGUGAACAGCAGCGGCGGCGGCGGUGACUACGGCUCGGUCCACCUUCCUCCUCAGCAGACGGUUAUCCAGGGCGGCAUUGGUGAACCCACACUUGCGUUACUGGACACGUCACCUCUGGUCAGUGUUGAUAACAAGCACGACAAGUCCGGCAUCCCAGACGAGGUACUGCAGAGUCUGCUGGAUCACUACUCCCAUAAAAGCGAUGUGACUUUUGACCUCUCGGAUCCGCACCACGUUGAGCUGCAUGCAGCUUCAGCGACGCCUGAGCUAGGAGCAGAUGAAAGCUCCUCGAAUGGCUCGGCUGACAAGAGUGGCGUCAUGAACGAGUAUUCCAAGUUCUUGCUGCAGACACUGGAGAGGACGAGCCACGGCGGGAGUGGUGUCUUUACAUUCUUCCCGGAGAAGCACAUGUACGCUGCGUCUCCUCUGGAGUGUACCUUCGGCCAUUCUGUCUCCUCCCCCCAUGGUCCCUCAUCCGCUUCUGUGCUCCCAAAGUCCCACUUCAGCAUGCUGGUGGGCUCCCACUCUCCCUCCCAUGCCUCACCUUCCUCCCAGCAGGCCUUUCACCUGAGUGCCCUCGAGCCCUCAGCCCACCAGCAGCUCACGCCAUCUCAAGAGCUCACUGAGCAGUUGGACAACCAGGAGCUUGCUAAUGGCAACAGGCAGAAGGAGCAGCAGGUGAAGAAUGGCAGUGCCACCAGUGCGAACAGCACCAGCCGUGGCACCACCUCUGUCUACUCCCUAAAUUCCCCUCCUGAUCUGACGGCCCUGGAACCAUCCAAGGAGGUGGACAUGCGGCCCACGUUUCAGAUCGAGAACUUCGCUCAGGCAUUCGGCUCCCAGUUCAAAUCCGAGCGCCGGACCCCGCUGGCGUACAGCGCUGACCCCCAGAUCGUCGUCGUCGAGGUUGACCCCCGAAUAUCGCGAACUCCCGUGUCGGAAUUCUCAGGGUAUACCAGUCUGUUAGCUGAAGUAAAUGAGCCAGCUAGCUCAGGAACCAAAACCCCCACGAGCCAAAGCUACAGGUAAAGGUUUUGGUAGCCAACCUAACCCUGCAGUUUGGGACAAGGACUUUCCCCAGUGCCCUCGAGCCCAAUUCCCUCAUUUAAAAAAAAAAAAAAAAAAAGCAAGAUAAAAUAUUAAUUAUUACACUGCCAUUAAUUGUUAAUACUCUACCAGGGAAGGUCUACCUGACCUCAAAUGCAAUUUUUUGAUAUUCUUCUUUUUUUAAUAUGUAUUUUAGUUCCUCAUUUUUAUUAGUGUAGUCAUUUCUGUGAUUUAGAGGGUAGGUAAUGACUGGCUUGACUUUUCAUGAACCCUGUGUUUUUAGCAAUCAGGAUAGAAUUGUAAAAUAGAUGAAGAUGAUCUAUAGUAAUAACUAUUGUCAGGGUGUGGCCCAGUAUUCAGUGGCAGAAAAUGUCGGCCUAUUGUCUGUUACAAUAAUUGAAAGUAUUACUCAGGAAAAACAUUUUUUUUUAAUAAUUAGGUGCAACUAGCACUGAUUUUGUUUUUAACAAGUAUAGUUUAAAACUACAGUGAAUCUUGUUUUCUGAAAUUCCUUGAGGAAAAAAAAAAUCAAAUCCACACUCAGUCUACCUGUUCAGCUGAUCACACUGGUGAAUCUUUCCACUACUUGUACAUAUGCAGAUAUUAUGGUACUUUGUCAAUGUGAAAACACUGCAUACUUUAAUCACUAAAGGACAGACGUAAGACACGGUUGCGAACCUAAACGCACACGCUCAGUCCCAUGCGAAUGCUCGUGGAAAUCUGUUUGCGUGCAUGUAAUGUCUUUUUAAGUAGCGUCUUUACUGCUACUGAAAUGUGGCCUCAAGGUUUGUCAUACACAGGCUGAUUUAUACUUCUGCGUCUGCGAACCUGUGAACGGGUAAAAAACAUUUGCUACUACAGCAGAGGGCAGUGUCGCAUAUAGCAAACCAAGAACGUUCUGAACUCCAGUCAAAGAGGAGAGUCUCGCGCUUCACUGUAGAAGAGUCGAUGGAUAGAAGUAGGAAAGUGUGGUUAAGAAGAGUUUAGUUUUUACAUUGUACUUGAUCAUGAAUGGCAGUAUUCUGCUGAAAUCGAUCUUGCAUUGCCUUUGGUUUAUUAAUUCAAUAAAAACUCUGUCCCAGGUUUUUGCCCUCUCUCUCUCUCUCUCUCUCUCUCUGUCUCUCUCUCUCUCUCUCUCUCUCUCUCUCUCACUCUCACUCUGUCCUGUAAUUCAUUGUCCAUAAUUUUGUAAAACAAAGACCUUCUAAUGUGUCUCUUCUACAAGUCGAUCCUAAAUCUGUGCCGUUUUGCUUGUGCACUAGUUCUGGUUUGAGUUUAAAACCCUGACAUUACUGUACACGCUUUCCUGCUCAGCCAAUCAGUGUCGUGCACAACAGAUGGUCAUGAGACGUAACGUUUCUGUCGGUUCCCCCUUGAGCUAUGCUUACCCAUGAACUAUUUCUCAUUGCCUUGGUGCUUUCCAGAAGUAUAAAUCAGCCCUAAAUCAUACCCUGUUGUUAAAUGUGUCGGCUCUCAUCCUUUUUAUUUCUCAAGGAAUCAUAUUAGCACUUUUACCACUGAAGACAAAAACUGUUGGAUGACAAAUACAUACAUGCUUUUGUUCAGAGGAAAGCUGUGAUUUUAAUUGUUUUUUUGGGUUUUUUUUUUUGUAAUGGAUAUGGGUGUUUAUUGCUAUGGGCAUUUUGUUUUUAAUAUAUAGCGGGAUGGGAGGGGUAUUAGCAUGAUUUGUUCUCGUAAUGCUAUCGACAUGGAUGCCAUACCAAUUUUGUGCUGUGGAGCCUUGGGUGUAAGUACAGGGCCUCUUUGUAUUCAAAGUGUAUUUAAGUAUUAAGUUGAUUUUUUUGCGUGAAAAGCUGCAUUUGGAAUUCUACCUCUCAAAUUACAAAAUUGAUGCCUAAUGGACAAAAAUGCAAACUUCCCUUUCAAGGUCUUUGCUUGGAGAACCAUCCAAGUUGUGGACUUUUAAACUCAUGCAAAUCUGAAUUUUUGGACCUGAACCUGUUUAAAUGUUUGUUUGUUUUUUGUUUUUUUAGCCAUGAAAUCAGGAAUCACUCAGCCUGAGGAGACUUGUGAAUCUGAUUACCAUUUCCCCCCUCCUCACACACACACACACACACACACACACACACACACACAUACACACAUACACACACAAAUACAAUCUUUGCUGUGCCCGUGAAUGAAGCAGGUAGACUCCUGUGUCUUCCUUCCAUGUCUCCUGCUCCUACCCAGCAUGAACGGGACCCAGCCAUUGGCCUCAAGUCCCUUCACAGAGAACUGCUGAUUCUGCACUAGUGUCGGGGCUCAAAACCUAAAUGCUGCACUCCAAACCUGUCCCAUUCUUUAAAAGAGGAAAAAAAGUUAAAAAAAAAAAUAAUAGUGGCAAAAAGAACACAAUUGACCUUAAUAUACCUCAUAUCACUGUAUACACGACAAAACCAGGGACGUGUUUCAUGUAGCCUAUAUAGUGGUAAUAUUGUAGUGUACAUCAGCCAUAUUGUAGAACCAUAUAAUGCCACCUGUGUUUACGAUUAUCAUUCAUGUUGGUCUGUUGGAAUAUGGUUUUUUUUUUUUUUGGUCUGUUAAGCAAUUUUGCCAAGCAGUGUUUCCUUGUAGAUCUCUUCCCCUUAGGAGUUUCUGAAUUUGUUCAAUGUUUUUUUUCCCCCCUUGUUUUUGUUACUUGCCAUAAUGUGUUUUGAUAUGAUCUCUUGUUUACAGUAAUGUACAAAACACUAAAAAAAAAAUGUGUUUUCUUUCCCGUUUGAUUUUGUUGUCUGAUGCAUGAUAUGAAGUUUUUUUGUUUUGUUUUUUUUUCUGAUCAUGAUCGCACCAAAAUAUUUUUUGUAGCAGAUGUGUCCUCAUCUUCAAGCUUUUGUUUUUUGUGACUCUACAGGGCUGAACAUGUCAGAUGACUUUAUAUAUGAUUAGAUAAGCCAAUAAAACCUUUUGUUAUGAAAGCUUGUCAGUGUAACUGUGCGUGUUGAAUGUGAGUGUUAAACUCCCUUCAUUCCUCAGGUUUACUUCAUUGGCUGAAAAUGAGAAGUUUUUUUAUAUUAUGAUGGUUGUUAAGGUUUAGUCACAGUGUAGCAGUCCGUACAGGAUUUCGCAGAGUUUUUCUCAUUGUGAUUCUUGCGGCCGAAAAUGCUUGAUUUAGCUGCGGCUUUUUUCAAAAUAUGCACGGCCCCUUGCCGUGAUGUUUGUUGGUAAAUGAGACCUUUUAGCUGUACACACGUGAAUUGACUUUUCCAAAUGCAUUUGGUGAUGUCACAUGACGUGUCUUUGCCCAAACCUGUGGUAAUUUUGAAAAAUUGUAAGCUCCUCUGAAUAUUGCAGUUUGUGUGAUUUUGCGUAAAUUAUACUGGUGUAUGAUCGAACAGUUCGCUCUUCCCCUUAAUCACACCACAGCGACCUCAGUUUCUCUGAGCAGGGGACGUGACUACACUACAAAUCCUUUAGCUGUGCAAUACGUUACAUUGCUUCCUCUCCUGCCGCUCCUAGCAUGUUCAUAACUUCAUCAUACACGACACAACAGCUAUCAAACGCACAGAAGAACAUGGCUUUACUGACCAUGACUGAAAGAAGCGGCUGUCAAUUUUUGCCUAAGCAGCACCAAAAAGUUUCAUGUCAUUAAAAAAAUGAAUUCAUUUUUUUGGGGCUCAGUGUGCCAGCUUUCCUUGCAGCCCUGAAUACUGAAUACUGACCAUGUUGGACAUUUUAAGGAAAAAGCUGGUCUGAAAUACUGCAUAUAUUUCUGAGAAAGAAAAAUAGAUUUUUUUCUUUAUGUUUUUUGUUACACAUACAGAUGUGUGCAAUCUUUUUC